AUGUUUCUUGUGGGACUUACUGGAGGAAUCGCCUCAGGCAAGAGCACUGUGUCUUCCAUCCUGCGAGAGCUUGGCUGCCCAAUCAUCGAUGCUGAUGUGGUGGCUAGAAAAGUGGUGGAGCCCCACAGUCUGGCCUUUUCCAAGAUAGUAAGGCAUUUUGGCCCAGAGAUCCUGCUAGAGAAUGGGGAGAUUGACAGGCAGAAGCUGGGCCAGCUCAUCUUCGCAAGUGAAGAGAAGCGCCGACUGCUUAAUUCCAUCACCCACCCUGAAAUCCACAAAGCUAUGCUGAAACAGAUCCUCUUCUACUUCCUCAGAGGGUAUCGCUACGUGGUGCUAGACGUGCCCCUGCUCUUUGAGACACGGCGCUUGACACGCUUCCUCAACCACACCGUGGUUGUGUACUGCGACCCUGCCACUCAGCUCUCCCGCCUGAUGCAUAGGGACGGGCUGACCCAGGAGCAGGCUGAGCAGCGCAUCGCCGCCCAGAUGCCCCUCAACGAGAAGCGCGGCCUGGCUAAUCACGUCAUCGAGAACUCGGGCAGCCGCGAGGACACCCACAGACAGGUCCUGCGGCUGCACACGAAGCUGGAGGACUCCAUGGAGUUCCUGCUGGUCAGAGUCAUUGCCAUAGCAGCCACCGCCGGCUUCGGUGGAUUUCUUCUCUACGCCACUAAGCUGUUGAUUUCAUAACACAUGCAGGAGGGACAGUAGGAGGUUUGGGGGUUUGAGUAAAUGGAAGAUUGAUAUCAUAGCACCACAGGUCAGCUACAAUAAGAGUGUGGUUAGAAGUCCUCUGGUUAAUAUGUUCAUAACUUUUGAUGCUGCAAAUUUGACGCUGGCAAUUUGCACUGACAGCGUGGUCUACCAUUGUCUACCAAUGUUUAGAUCCCCACUUUGGUUUAAAAACAAACAGUUGACAAUAUAUACCAACAGCUUUCUAUGCAGUCAAAGCUAGCAAAUAACAAUAGUAAAAAAAACUACUUCACUGUAAUAUUUUGUACUACAAAAAGAGUACUUUGUAUCCUUAUUUUACAGUGAAUUGAAGGGGAUAUAUCUGCUUACUAUGUAAUUAAUUUUAAUUCACUUUUCAAUGAAGAGAAAGACUUAGCACUUAGAGAAUGUUCAUACCUGAAGGUGUUCUGUUCUGCUGAUACUGACAGUGUAAGAGGAUUUCCCCCAAAUCACUAAACUUGGUUUGUGUGAUUGGAAUGAAGAAGAAUAGGACAAAUCUGAUGUGUGUCGUGCACGAUCACGUUUGAAUUAUAAUUUAAAUAUAUUUUAUUAUACUGUAGCUAAAAGAUACAUUUGGAUGAAUUCAUGAAUGUAUUGACGUCAUAGCAAACAAAUAUAUUAUUAGUAUUUUAAAAUGUAAAAAGUAUCGCAAUUAUAUUUUCAAAAAAAGAAAAACACUGCUAUGGUGUUAAAUCAUUUUGUUGGUUAGAUGGAACUGUACUAUUCAUAAUACAGUCAGAAUUUGUCAUUUUGGUAGAAUAUCUAAAGACUAAAUAUCUACCCUUUUAUUCAUGUUUUAGAUUUGGUGGAUUUUGCCACUGUUGAAUCUAGUAAAGAAACGUAUUUGACAAUCCACUUUAAACAAACAAGCAAUGCUUAUUCACACAAAAGUUACCUUACAUGCUGUCAGAAUGUUGAUGUGAAGAUGUUGAACAUGCCACUGUGUCUUUUCUUACACUUGAAGCUGUUUUCUGUAAAUAAUAAAACAGUAGUUUUUUAAAGGUCUGUACAUGAGGAAUAAACGGUUUACUUGUUAGAUCUGCUGCUAUUUCACUUGUCAUCCAACACAAUUGCAAUAUGUCACAUGGAAAUUUAAAGUUUUUAAAUUAAAAUAAUU